AUGGAAGAUUUUUAUAUUUUUCCACAGGACCCUCAAGAAAAGAAAAAUGAACUACUUUUAAAUAUUUUGUUUGAUAAAAAUGAUGGCCUAGAGCAGCUUAUAGAUUCCCUCAAGGAUUGGUAUCCAUGGGUUGAAUUUGAAUUAAACGAAUCAUUGAAAAAUGUUUCAUCAAAGAAGGCUUCCUGGGUUGAAGCUGUGGUUGAGAACUUGAUUCCUGCUCUUCCUCGGAGAAAUGUCUCUCGUACAGUUUUGUUGAAUCAAACGAGAGCUGAACUGAGACAACUACAGAAAGGCCAUUAUGUAGUACUGAUUGGCAUGAGUGGCUGCGGCAAGUCCACUCUGGCUUCUGAAGCACUAAAUCAUGACCUUCUUAUUGAAAACUUUGAGGGCAAGGUUAUAUGGCUGAGUUGUGGUCCGGAAGCAUACACUGGGGAUGAAAAUGAAUUACUUGGUCUAAUGAUACAGUUAAAUGAAAGAAUUUGCAAUGAAGAUCUUGUAACUGAUGGUAAAACUGUAAAUUUGAAAACCUUGAAGAUAAAACUAUAUAAAAGAUUUCAUGAAAGCAGAUUCAAAGAGGGGUUAUUGGUGCUAGAUGGUGUAAAUUCAGAAGAGAUAAUUGAAGCUUUGAAUAUCGGGUGUAAAACAUUAGUUACAACACAUGAUGAAAAUGUCAUGAACAAGCAAGGCAAUCGCUACAAAGCAAUAAAAGUGAAUGAAGGCUUUACUGAAGAAGAAAGUUUGUUUCAUCUCGCUUCAUGUGUAGGCUUAUCUGUGGAGAAUCUGCCUAGUCAAGCAAAACUAAUACACUUAAACGGAAAAGGUCACCCUCUGGUAAUGUCACUUAUUGGGGCACAUCUUGAAGAUCAACAAGAGGAAGCUAGAAAUAAUCAAAAGCCUUGGAAGUCUUGCUUGGAUGUAUUAAUUAACAAGGACUAUGGAAACUUGAAGAGACAAAGCUAUGGAGGUGUUAAAGUUAUGCCAAAUACAAUUGAUUUAUGUAUAAAUAACUUAGCUCCAGAAAAACAAAAUAAAUAUCAAGAUUUUGCUCUUUUUGUUGAAGAUGUCAACAUAAAAACUGAAGUUCUUGAAAUCUUAUGGGGGCUGUCAAGUUUUGAAGUAACCAAAUUGAUGGAUGAGUUUCUCACUAAAUCACUUGUUGUACGAAAAUACAACACUGGCAAAAAGUACUACGUCUAUGCUGUUCAUGAUCUUUUACUUUAUCACCUCAAGAAGCCAUUAGAGAAAGAAGACAAACUUAAGGACCUGCAUUUGAAAUUAAUUUCUCGUUAUGAAGAAUCAUGCAAUGGCAAUCUGGCAUGUUUGCCAAAAAGUGAUAACUACAUCUGGUAUUAUAUAGGUUAUCACAUUGCCAACUCAAGAAAUUACAGUCUGUUCUUAAAAUGGUAUUUUAAUUUGGACUUUGUUGAAGCAAAAUUGAAAGUAACUGGACUAGCAGAUCUGUUAACAGAUUACAAACGAUAUAGCCAUUUGUUUACCAUCGGAAAGUCGCAGGAUGAGUCAUCAGAGAUCUUAAAACAGCUGUCAGACUUUGUAAUAUUUGUGGAAUCGUAUGGAGUAGACGUGCGCAGGAACCAUGGACCUGAUAUUGUGCAGUGUGCGUUACAAGAGCCCCAUGAUAGUGAAGUGUACAAGAUAGCUGUCAGUCAGGUCCAGCGUAGACCCAACUCUGCUUAUCUUCGCUUCCAACAUGGUCUGAGAGGUGGUACUCUUGUGAACUUGCCAUUGCAGUUGGGGCCUUCAAAGAAUAGAUCAAUUCCCUCCACAAUACAAACCAAAGAACGAGUUUCUGCUGCUUGUUUUUUAAAGAACAACAGUGAUGUUCUCGUUGCUUUAGAAUCAGGAAACAUUGAGGUCAUGAACAAAAAAGGUUAUGUGACUAGAAUCUACGAAGGCCAUUCUGAAAAAGUGACAAGACUUUCCGUGUCUCUGGUCAAAGAUAUUUUCCUGUCAGUCUCAGAGAAUUGUGUGAAAGUUUGGCAUCUGCCUGACUUGGACUCUUCCGUUCCACUUGAAUCAGGGAAUCGAACUCCCUCACCAAGCCAGCGACAGAAAUAUUUUACAGAUAUAUUUAAUCAUAAAACAGUGGAAAAAAAAGAAAGUUGGAUAACAAAAAAUAUAAAAUUUGUUGACUGGGCAGCCUUCUCUACAAGUGGUUCCCUUAUGGCGACUUGUUGCUCAAGAUUACAAUUAGUUCAGGUUUGGGAGUUAAGCUACAGAGAACCUCUCCCAAGAAGGAUUCGUGUGUCAGGAACAACUUGUGUUUUUCUCCAACAAUGAUGAAUUUCUCAUAAUUGGAGCUUCAAAUAGCCAUAUUUACAUACAUAAUGUGAUCAGCAACAAAUCUGUGAACCAACUAGUUGACUCCUAUCCAAUAUUGGCAUUGUUUGCUCU